GCGGGGUCGACAGGGGUGGAAAGAAAGAAAGCGAAUAUAAGGAGAGGUCGCCGAACAUCAUGACUGACAAGUACCUGAAACCAAUGAAAAAGAAGAACGGCGAACGAUGAGCCAAUACGACGAAGAGGAAGGCGUGGACUCUCCGACGGCUGAUUGAUCCCAGCCCUGGUGACGGUGUUGUUCAGUCGGCGCGAGAACAUUCUAGAGAGUAACCGGCAAGGCUGCUCCCGCUGAUCCCGGCCGCCUCAGGACGCUUGGACCCCCCUCCCCUCUCCUGGCGGUUGCGGCGUCCGCCUCCUCCGCCUUCGAUAUCUGUAUCUCUUUAGGAAAAGAGUCCGGGUGCUCGGUGACACCCUCAGCUCCGCCAUCGUUCUCCUCGCACCAAUUCGGCUUCGUCACAGCCCGGGGCGAGCAGCGUUGGGUUUAUGUCUGUAUUGGACGAAAACGAGCUGUUGCGCAGCCAUUGGUACCUGUAUUGGGGAAAUAUAGCAUACAAGCAAGAACCUCACAGCCUCAGUGGCGAAAAUUUUUUCAUGUCAGAGACCGAGAACUCUUGCAGUCGUUUAUGUCAUCACGUCUUCUCCAGACAGAAGAUACCAAAAAGUUGCAAUCAAAGAUCUCUCCAUCUUAUUGAUAAAGCUACUAAUAAGCCAAAAUGUCUGUCAACGUCAACCGCAGUGUUUCAGAUCAGUUCUAUCGCUACAAAAUGCCCCGUCUGAUUGCCAAGGUUGAGGGCAAAGGAAAUGGGAUAAAGACAGUUAUCGUCAACAUGGUUGACGUUGCAAAGGCGCUUAAUCGGCCUCCUACGUAUCCCACCAAAUUUUUUGGUUGUGAGCUGGGAGCGCAGACCCAGUUUGAUGUUAAGAAUGACCGUUACAUUGUCAAUGGAUCUCAUGAGGCGAAUAAGCUACAAGACAUGUUGGAUGGGUUCAUUAAAAAAUUUGUUCUCUGUCCUGAGUGUGAAAAUCCUGAAACUGAUCUGCAUGUCAAUCCUAAGAAACAAACUAUUGGUAACUCUUGCAAAGCCUGUGGCUAUCGAGGCAUGCUUGACACAAACCAUAAACUCUGCACGUUCAUCCUUAAAAACCCACCUGAGAGCAGCGAGUCUGGUACAGGCAAGAAAGAGAAAGAAAAGAAAAAUAGAAAAGGCAAGGAUAAAGAGAACGGUUGUGUGUCUACUACUGAGACGCUGCCACAACAGUCAGCACCACCAGAAGAAUGUAGUCCUCCAAAUGUAGUGGAGGAAGAGGAAGAUGAUGACUGGGGUGAAGAUACCACUGAAGAAGCCCAAAGGCGCAGAAUGGAUGAAAUCACUGAUCGUGCAAAAGUUCUCACAUUGACUGAUGAUCUAGAAAGGACUGUUGAAGAAAGAGUCAAUUUACUAUUUGACUUUGUUAAGAAAAAGAAAGAAGAAGGUGUCAUAGAGUCUUCUGACAAAGAUAUUGUGGCAGAAGCAGAAAGAUUAGAUGUUAAAGCUAUGGGCCCCCUGGUGUUGACUGAAGUCCUCUUUGAUGAAAAAAUAAGAGAACAGAUAAAGAAAUACAGGCGCCAUUUCUUGCGUUUCUGCCACAACAACAAGAAGGCCCAGAGAUACCUACUUCAUGGCUUGGAAUGCGUAGUAGCUAUGCAUCAAUCACAGCUGAUUUCUAAAAUUCCACACAUCCUGAAGGAAAUGUAUGAUGCAGAUCUUCUGGAAGAAGAAGUCAUAUUGAGCUGGGCAGAAAAGGCCUCAAAGAAAUAUGUUUCUAAAGAGCUUGCCAAAGAAAUUCGUGUUAAAGCAGAGCCAUUCAUUAAAUGGCUGAAAGAAGCCGAAGAGGAAUCAUCUGGCAAUGAGGAAGAAGAUGAUGAAGAUGAAAACAUUGAGGUGGUGUACUCCAAGACAGCCAGUGUACCUAAAGUUGAAACAGUGAAGACUGCAAACAACAAGGAAGAUGACAUUGAUAUUGAUGCUAUUUAAAAUGAAUCAAACUAGUUUCCAGUGUUACAAUGCAUACUUCUCUGCAUCUCUUGCCAGAAGUGCAACAUAUGUGCACAAGCUAUAAUAGCUAUAAACAUCAUGCUAUACUUCUUGAACUCAAAUGUAUGUUACCAUGACUGGUAUUUGUAACUAAGCUUAACAGAUGAGAGGAGUUAAUACACCAGCAGACUGAUCCAAGUUUGCUGUAUGGCAUGUUCCUUUUAAACUUGUAUUGGACAUAAAUACUUGGAGCACAUUUAUACAGUUGUGAAAAUAAAGGAUUUGGUUUUGGAAUCUUCA